CCUUUUACAAUCCAAUUCUCCUUUCACAAUCCAAUUUUCAGACCCAACCUUCUCCAGACAAAUAAAUCAUCUGCAUAGUAAGCCUCAUUGCACUAAUUCUCUUUCUUUUACAUCUUCAUUUUGCAAAUUUCUUUGUUUUGUCAUCACCCCUUCCCACCUCUUUGCAUCUCCAUCUUCCCCCACAGUGGUUCAACCCCACAGAGCUCCUCAUCAAAUCGCACUCUCCAAUUCCAUUGAGAAAUAUUUAUCUGGGUCGCGGUCGCUCCGUCGGUACUAUUUGCCGCGACAAGCCCGCAAGACCGAAUGAUGGUCUCGUACAAGGAUACCCCCGCCAAGAAAACCCCCGCCAAGGAUGUCGACGAACACGAGUCAGAUUCGGAGUCGGAGUCCGACUUCGACGAAGACAACAAUAACUUCAAAUCUCCAGAGGGUUUGCCUGAGGCGCAUUUCCAUCGUCGUACGAUCCAAGACCUUGUCGACAUGAUGGAUAGUCCGAACUUGGAUCUCAACCCGAGCUACCAGAGAGACCUAGUCUGGAGCCCUGAGCGUAUGACGAAGUUGGUCGACUCUUUGAUGACCAGCUAUUACAUUCCGCCAUUGAUCUUCAAUGUGGUCGAUAUAAUUACGGAAGACGGUUCGGCGAAGUUCCUCAGGAGGUCGGUCGAUGGGAAGCAGCGACUCUCUUCCAUACGUGAGUUUGUCAAGGGCAAGAUCCCGUGCCAUGACAGGGGCGGAAAGAAAUUCUAUUUCUGCGAAAACCCCGACAUACCUAGCAAGACCGUUAGAAAGAUCCUGCCGCAGCAUGAAAAGAUGAGGUUCAUGCAGAAGGACCUUAUAUGUGUGGAGUACAGCGGGCUCGAGAAACACCAAGAAGAGGACUUGUUCUCAAGGGUACAGCUGGGAGUACCCCUUACCCCGGCAGAGAAGCUCCGUGCCAGUUCUGGACUUUGGCAGGACUUUGCAGUUGUCGUCGGAGACGAGUUUAAACAACUGGUGGACGGCGUGGUGGACGAUCGUCGGGCCCGCGGUUUCCAACUGAUCCUUCAAGUAUUCAAACAGUUGCUGAAAGGCGACUCCAACGACCUCGAUCCCAAGUACUCUGCUGGGGCCGGUGCGUUGAAGGGUUUCUGUUCGGAGACUGUCUUCUUGACAGAGGAGUUCAAGAAGAGCGCAAGGACUGUUUUCACACGCUACUUGGAAGUUUAUCGGGAGUACCCCGAUACGUUUAAGAACCACGGGUACAAGCAUGCAACCAAGUUCUCGCCUGUGGAGUUUGUCGGCGUCGCGGUGUUGAUCCACCGAUUUCCGACUCGGAACACCCGUCUCCUCUCGGGAGAUAUUCUCGAGCUACGGAAACAGUUACGUGAGAAGAGGCAAGACCUACGGUCCAACACAGAAACCUGGAGGUCCCUGGUAGCGUCCAUUUUGGACAUUGAAGAACUCCGCGGAGCUGUGGUACCCAAUGGUCCCAACCAUAUCUUCGGUUCGGCCGCGGAAGGAGCCAUGAGCUUUGCCGCUGCGCCUCCCGUCGCCGGCGCGAAUAUAUCGUCUAUUGAUGCCACCGGAAAGACCCCGACCGCCCCUCUCCACACCGGUAGACCUGCCAACAAGAAUCAAACCAAGAACACCUCGGUCUUGAUUACCGCUCCCCCACCUCCAAACGCCCGGAAACGCUCCUCCCAUUAUAAGCAGCAGAAGCAACAGCAUGAAGGCGAGCAACUUCGCAGACAGUUGCAGCAGCAACAGCAGCAGCAACCACAGCAGCAACCACAGCAGCAACCGCAGCAGCAACAGCCGCAUAAAGACGAGCGACUUCUCCAGAGACAGUUGCAUCAACAACCGCAGGAGACGAGAAGUUUCCUUGCACAGGGCCAUUCUCGGCCGGUAACCUACUUUGGAAGCCAGAACGGUUUUGUACCUGCGAACCAGUUCAGCUCCCGUUUUCAGGCCGUCCGCAGUGAGGGCCUGAAACGCGUCCGCCCGGAUGAUGGCGAGGGGGGGUUGGGAGUCACCAUCAAGAAGGAGAGACUUGACUAGACUGGUUGGUUGCGUUGACGGGAGUUUCGGUGUUUUCAAAAUGGGGCUUUUUUUUUUCUUCAUUUUUUGUUAGAGACGAGUAGGAUACCGCAGUAGCGGAUUUUUUUGUUUGAUUUUCACCCGGUUUUCUUCAUGGCGUGUAUCUUUGUUGAUGUUUUUCUGAUUUUCACCUGGUUUUCUUCAUGGCGUGUAUCUUUGUUGAUGUUUUUCUGAUUUUCACCUGGUUUUCUACAUGACGUGUAUCUCUUUCGAUGUUUUUUCUUCUUUUCUUUGUUGGGCAUCCUUACUUGUCUGUACUUCUGGACAUUGAUUGAGAUGGGAGCGGCGGACUGUUCCUAAUGUUGAGGGUAUUUCCUUCGGUAGAGAAGGGGCCUUGAUUGAUACUGAGUCUUGAGUGAAGAUGGUGGACUCCUUGUGUUGAAGACUGUGUGACAGAAGUGAGUGCGUUAAUGAACCGACGAGCUGCGUGGAGUAG